UAAUCAUUUAAAAGGUCAAAGGUCCCAUACCCGGAAGUGCUCUGCAAAGCUUUGCUGGUCCACUUGUGAAAGCACCCCACCAUGGGCCGAGUGCUGAUCACAGGUGCGUCCGGCCUCCUGGGCCGUGCACUGAUGCAGGAGUUCCAGGGCGCAACAGGAUGGGAGGUACUCGGACUGGCCUACUCCCGGGCGGGGGGGAGUCUGAAGAAGGUGGACCUGCGGGACCCGGCAGCUGUCAGGGAGACUGUACAGGAAUUCAAGCCGGACGUCCUGAUCCAUUCUGCUGCCCAGAGAAGGCCUGAUGUGGUGGAGAAGGAUGAAGAGGCAACAAGGGUGCUGAAUGUGGACGUGACAAGGACGGUAGCACAGGCUGCAGUUGAUGUUGGUGCCUUCCUGGUGUUCAUCAGCACUGACUACGUGUUUGACGGAAAGUCUCCGCCCCACAAGGUGACGGACCCUCCAAAUCCCCUCAACAAAUACGGCAUCAGUAAGCUGGCUGGGGAGAGGACAGCCCUGGAGGUGGCCAAAGAUGGUGCUGUGCUAAGAGUGCCCAUCCUGUAUGGACCUAUAGAGACGGUCGACGAGAGUGCAGUAACAGUUCUCUUCAGCGCUGUGCAGAACUCAGAAAAGACAGCCAAGAUGUCGGACUAUGAGAGGAGGUACCCGACACACGUGGGCGAUAUCGCUGUGGUCUGCAGGCAGCUGGCAGAGAAAAGACUACAGGAUCCCAGCCUACUGGGUGUUUUCCACUGGAGUGGAGACGAGGAGAUGACCAAGUACACGAUGGCCGUCACCAUGGCAGAGGUGUUCAACCUCCCCUCCUCUCACCUGCUGGCCGACAAGGAGCCUUCAGGAGGAGCCCCUCGUCCUUACAACGCACACCUGGACGUCUCAAGACUCCAGGAGCUUGGGAUCGGGAAGACUAGACCUUUUAAGGAGAGCAUUAAGGAAGUGCUGCAGCCUUUCCUGAAGAAGUAAUUGUUGGUGCAGCUAGUACUAGUAUCUGCCUUUGUCAAAAAUCUAUAAAGUAUAUGCAGGCAAGCAAUAAAAGCUUGUCAACUAUUUCCAUAGAAGUAAUUCAUUCCCAAAGAAGUAAUUGCAAGCUACAUAUCUGUCUUUGUGAAAAAUCUACAAAAUAUAUGCAAUGAUGAUGGUAGGCAAUGAGAACUGAAUGCUUUUAAUGAGAGCUACAAAUGUAUUUCCAUAAAAAAAGUACUUUUUGAAAAAAGCAGCAAUGACAGAGAAAGUUGAAUAUUGAGGGUUUGCAAUAAACAAAGGUGUUGGUUUGUACUGCGCUGAUUUCAAAAUGUUACAACGCUUGAAAAAAAGUUAAGCUUCAGGCUUCCUUACAGACCGCUAUUCCUAUCACGUCUAGCUGUACCAUGAUUUUUACUUUGAUAUGUCAGACAUCCAAGACAAUAAGACAGUCUGGCCAAAUGGGCCUCUCAAUCAGGAAAGAAGCCGAAACACCAGGUCCUAUUAAAAUACAUGUACUGUACGGUACUGCUCUUUGGCAACGAAUAACAACAGCUCUUAAGCUCUAAAGCUCAAAAGCUACUAGCAUUAGAAACUUAGAAACAAUAUCAGCAUUAGAGCUGACCUGCAUAUUUUGCGGCAUUUGGUGACGUAAAGGGUUACACAUUUGAUCCAACAGGUGUAAGAUGUCCAGUGCAAAAUCGAUUUUCUCAAUCAUUUUUCCUGUUAGUGGAUCAAAUUCUCAAACCCUACAUUAGUGAAAGUAAUAAUAUUUAAGCCAUGAUGAAAGAACAAAAUAAAAUUGUUAACCAGAGGCAGAAAAGUUAAUCAAAAACUACAAAGGAGAAUUUUUGUGCAUGUUUUCUU